AUGUCUUGCUGGCAAUUCCUGUGCGUAGCGCUGCUUGCGUUUCUGGGCGCGUUGCAGCUGGCAGCCGCCGAUGACGCCGCUUCCAACGUGAUCGUGCUCAGUAACGACGACUUUGAGCACAAGACGCAAGCAGGUUCGGGCGCCACGACUGGCGACUGGCUCGUCGAGUUCUACGCGCCAUGGUGCGGCCAUUGUAAGAAGCUGGUGCCCAUCUACGAAAAGGUGGCGAGUGAACUCAAGGGCCAGGUGAAUGUGGCAAAAGUUGAUGUGACGGCCAACGCUGAGCUGGGCAAGCGCUUCGGCAUCCGCGGCUUCCCCACGCUGCUGCACUUCAGCCACGGCAAGUCGUACAAGUACUCGGGCAAGCGCACGCUUGAGGAUCUUGCAGAAUUUGCCCGCGGUGGCUUUAAGAAGGUGGAGGGCGAAGUGGUGAACGCCGCCCCAAGCCUCUUGGACUUCGCCGUGCAGCAGGCGGAGGACGUCAAGAGGGACUUCAUCACGCUGCUGGCCACCAAGAAGAACGUGCUGCUCGUGACCUUCUCCGGAGGGCUUCUUCUCGGUCUGCUGCUCGGCUGCAUGUGCGGCUGUUGCACGAGCCGCGGCAACAAGGCACCCAAGACGAAGAAGGAGUGA